AUGUCAGACCCCAUGGAGUUGGAGCAGGAUCGCUCGAAACGGAUCUCCAGAUCGAAUGAACAGUUCGGCGAUGAAGUCAAGACCGCGGGCGUCGUAGAGAGGCCAGUCGUCUCCAGAAGCGAGUCGAUCCAAAGCGAAUCAUACGGAUUCUCUGCUGGUGACAAGACCUUCGACAAGAAGCUCCUCUACAAACUGGAUAUGCGUCUAAUGAUCGCCAUGUUCUUUCUCAACUUUCUCUCACUGAUGGGCCGGACGAACAUUGGGGCCGCUCUGAUCCGUCAACUUCCACAGGACCUCCAUCUGGACGCCAUGAAGGUGUUCAUCGUCCUCACGAUGCCGGCAGCGCCGCUGAUACUCUUCGAAGUCCCAAGUAAUCUGCUGAUGCGAUUUCUGGACCGCAAAUUCAACUUCCCUUACAUGUGGUACAUGUGUCUUCUCGACGUUCUAUUGGGUAUCAUCACGAUCGGCCAAGGUUUCGUUCAGAACUUCGACCAAAUGGUCGCAACGCGAUUCUUCGUUGGUGUUUUUGAUGCUGGCCUAAUACCUGGCUGUGUUUUUCUUUGUUCUCUUUACUACCCUCCGAGGCACCUUCAAUGGAGACUUGGACUCAUCACUGUUGCCAAUAUUUGCUCAAACAUCGCCGGAAAUUUCCUUGCAUAUGCGAUCGCCAAUAUUCAAACCACUGAAAAUUUCAAAGGAUGGAGAUGGAUCUUCGUCAUAGAAGGCAUCUUCACUGUGGCAGCUUCUCUAGCCUGCCUUCCUGCUAAUGUUGGGCCUCCAGAGAAAGCCAACUUUCUGACUGAGGAAGAGAAAAGGAUCAUCAAGAACACUGUUGAAAUACGCUCUACAGAGAUUGGUGUUCUGGGCGAGUGGAAAAUGUUCUUUUUGAACCCGCUGAACUACUGCUGGGCUGCCCUUUAUUGCUUCACGACUACAACAGCCUACUCAGUCUCCAUCUUCUCGCCAUCCUUCGUCAAAUCAUUCCACCCGGAGCUGAGCGCCGCCGAUGUGCAGGCGCAAGUCGUACCCAUCUUCGUGGUGGCUGCCGUAGCAUGCCUGACAACAGCGUACGCCGCUGACCGUCUUAACCACCGAGCCGCCUUUGGGCUCGGUGGCUUCAUUUUCACCAUCAUUGGAUACGCUAUUUUGAGACAAGAUGAGCGGGAAAGCUCAAAUAUCACCAUGAUGGCGCUGUACUUCAUUGCUUUCGGCACUUACAUCACCCUUCCCAUGAUAUGGAUCUUGGCAAUGCAAAAUUUGCAGACACCGUUCCAGCGAGCCAUUGGAAGUGGCUUUGUGGUCGGAGUUGGUAACACAUCAGGUUACAUCUCAGCGUGGAUCUUCAAGACAAGCGGCGGCCCGUACUACAAGAACGGAAUGACGAUCAGCAUGAUCUUGGUAAUCAUCGCAUUCGUUCUCCUUUCUGCUAGCUGGCUUUACAUCGAGAUGCAUAAUAGAAGACUUGACAGGGAGGAGAGGUUGCAUCCUUCAGCGACAGCUGGGGCUAAGAGGCUUACUGGGCGAAGUUUUCGGUACAAGGCCUAG